CCUCCGGUUCAUAGGUUGACACUCAACCACUGAGCCACGCCGGCUGGACAAUAUAACCAUUCUUCUUGGUGUGUUGAAGGCUAUCUGUUCCUAUGUGAGGCACCAGAAGUCCCUGUGGACCACAUUCAUUGUUGUCACUGAGCCAUGGUGAGCUCUGGAGAUAGCUCAGUGAUGCAGUACAGCCAGGAUGCACAGUCACCAACUCUCUUCUAGAAGGUUCUACACCCUCUGUUACUGUCUGAACUGCCAGGUUGGCCUUAGAGAUUUCUACAUAGAGUGUAUUUGCUGUUCUACAGAAUGACUUGGCCACAGGUUUACUGGGUGGAUGACCUUUUGGUGUAUGAGUAUGUCCCCUCCCCCCCUGCCCCCCCACUCCCCUGCAGUUCGCAGGGCUUGGGUGAUGUGCUGUGAAGGAGUGGCAGGUUGCUGCUGGAAAACUCCAUGCUGAGCUGAGGCUGACAUUUCAAAGGGCAAUUGGGCUCAGGACUCAGAGCCUGUGCAAGCAUGUCAAACUCCCGGCCCGCGGGCUGCAUGACUCCCUUAUUUGGUCUGUGUUAGUCUUCGAGUUUGACAUGCUUGCUGUAGAGUGUUGAGGAAGGGAGGUUUUUCAGGAAAUUGAGAAGACCAUCAAAACAAUGAACCAGGUUCAGAUACCUAUCACCUUCUGUGGUAUUUUUCCUCCCUCCUUCCCACUCUCCUGCUCUCCCUUCUUUCCUUUCAUGGGCUCAGAAACCUUUAUAGGCUAUGGUAAUCAGAAAGGCUUCUCAGAAGUGGUGAGUCUUAAAUCACAUUUGAAAGACAGUCUUUCAGCCACAUUUUCUUUCAAAGUCAACAGGGUUGAGGUCAGAUGUGGAAUAUCAUAUUUCUGGCUGCUUUUGACAAGUUGACUUUUCAAUCUUCUUUGUUUCCCUGUAUUAACAUGAAUAACUCAGAUUUGGCUCUUUUUAGUAGUAAUUCUUGUUCUAAGAUCCACCUCUAUUAACAAUACAUUUGAGGCUAAAAAUAUUGUUUCUUUUUUCCAGGAUGAAGUAAACCAGAUCAUGGAAACCAACCUGUGGCUACGUCAUAUCUGGAAUGAUUACAAAUUGCGCUGGGACCCAGUGGAGUUUGAUGGCAUUGAGACUAUUCGUGUUCCUGCAGAUAAGAUCUGGAAGCCUGACAUUGUUCUCUAUAACAAUGCUGUUGGUGACUUCCAAGUCAAAGGCAAGACAAAAGCUCUUCUUAAAUACGAUGGCAUGAUCACCUGGACUCCACCAGCUAUUUUUAAGAGUUCCUGUCCUAUGGAUAUCACUUUUUUUCCUUUUGAUCAUCAAAAUUGUUCCCUGAAAUUUGGUUCCUGGACAUAUGACAAAGCUGAAAUUGAUCUUCUGAUCAUUGGAUCUAAAGUGGAUAUGAAUGAUUUUUGGGAAAACAGUGAAUGGGAAAUUGUUGAUGCUUCUGGCUAUAAGCAUGACAUAAAAUACAACUGUUGUGAAGAGAUAUACACAGAUAUAACCUAUUCUUUUUACAUUAGAAGAUUGCCAAUGUUUUACACCAUUAACCUGAUCAUCCCCUGUCUCUUUAUUUCAUUUCUAACUGUGUUGGUCUUUUACCUUCCUUCUGACUGUGGUGAAAAAGUGACACUUUGCAUUUCAGUUCUGCUCUCUCUGACUGUGUUUUUGCUGGUAAUCACAGAAACCAUCCCAUCUACAUCUCUUGUGAUCCCACUGGUGGGUGAAUACCUCCUAUUCACCAUGAUCUUUGUCACCCUGUCCAUCGCAGUGACUGUAUUUGUGUUGAACAUACACUAUCGCACUCCAACAACACACACCAUGCCCAACUGGGUGAAGAUGGUUUUCCUCCAGCUGUUGCCCCAGAUCCUGAUGAUGAAGAGACCUCUGGAUAAGACGAGGAAGACAAGUUCUGAUAAAAACCCCAGAAGCAUUUCCGGUAGGCCUACCAAAGUCAAGUUUGAUAAUCGCAGAGAACCCAAACUUCUGAAAGAAUGCUGCCACUGCCAUAAAUCACAUCAGCUUGCCACCUGCAAGAGAAGAUUAAGUCACCAGCCUUUACAGUGGAUGACAGGAAAUACGGAACACUCACCUGAAGUCGAAGAUGUGAUUAACAGUGUUCAUUUCAUAGCAGAAAACAUGAAGAGCCAAAAUGAAACAAAGGAGGUAAAUGAUGACUGGAAAUAUGUGGGCAUGGUGGUGGACAGAGUGUUUCUUUGGAUCUUUAUCGUUGUCUGCGUGUUUGGAACUGCAGGGCUAUUUCUCCAGCCGCUGCUGGGGAACACGGGAAAAUCUUGAGGAUUCCAUCUUUUGAAAUUUGCUGAUGCUGUAUGUAUUGUGUGUUCCCUACCACAAAGAAAGGGACAGAAAGCUUCCCAUCUAAGUGCCCCAUCUACUGAAGCUGAUGACUAGACGGGAAAAGAGGACUUGAUUGAAAAGGAGGAGCCGGGGUGCCCUCCUUUGUAGCACGACGCUGGAGCCCAGAGCUGGCAGCACCCCCAGGCUUCUCUUGUCUGGACAUGUUCAGCUUCCAGGGCCAUGAUGAGCCAUUACACAGCGAACCACGUCAUCAGCAUCAAGCCACACUACAGAGGGGUUCUGCGGUCCCUCCAGUUUAUGCUGCUGAUCAGCAGAAUGACACAGGCCAGACACGAAACUCUGGAGCGUGGCCCUUGCUGACGUGUGCAAUGCUCGUGAACUCUUGUGGGCUUGCUUUCUGGUGCAUGUGUCUGUGAUGUAGCUCACACACCAGCAUGAUUUCAUACAGUAGUUAGCACAAAGUAAUGGCAGGUAGUCGCAGUCGGUCUCAGCAGGCUGUAUUUAAUUAGCAUUUAUCUGGCCAGAAACGAGUGGUAACCCAACACUGUGCUAGGCAUCGCAAAAGUGACAGAAAUAGGCUGCCCCCAGCAGCCCCAGCUUUUUAGGGAAAC